AGAACUGAACUCUACUCGAACUUGAAUACAAUCAGAAUUUGAUAACUACACAUAAUUCUCUUGCGGAAAUGGAGAUGACUGCACAGUCUUUGUCCCAAGCAAAGCUCCCCAGCUGCUCAACUUCUCUUUCAUCUCUCUUCCUUCAUUCAAAGGCCUCUUUGGCUGCUUCAAAUUUAGUAGUCCCUUUUCAGUCCUCUAAGAACUAUGGUAGUAAGCUAAAAUUUGAGAGAAUCAAAUCAAGGAGGCAAAGAAAUCUUGGGGUCAUUUAUGCUUCUGAGAGUGAAAGUACUUCCACAGAUGUCACUGAUAGAUGGCUUCUUGAACCUGCUGAUGGGGAUACAAGGCACAUAGGUUUUAAGGUCCAAAUGCCGGAUGCCUUUGAAAUUGCUUCUAGUGAGGUGACUGUUGGCCGUCUCCCUGAUAAAGCAGAUGUGGUGAUUCCAGUUGCAACAGUAUCAGGAAUUCAUGCCCGGAUUCAGAAGAAAGGAGGGAAUCUUCUGGUUACAGAUUUGGAUAGUACCAAUGGAACGUUCAUAAAUGACCAGAGGCUAAGACCAGGAGUUGUUGCCAAGGUGCCACCGGGAAGUUUUCUUAUAUUUGGGGAUAUUCAUUUGGCAAUGUUUCGUGUCUCAAAGCUUGAGAAUGUUGAAAGUACCGAAAGUAAACCAGAGGAAUCUGCUGAUAAAUUAGAGACUGAUACUGCUGCUGAAGAUACUUCAACAGACUAAGGGUUCAGUUGCAAAACGAAGCCUAAAAGUUGCAGGAUUUUGUUUUGGAAGAAUAUAUUGGUGGCUGAAUAAAUUCAAAUUUUCUAUUAGAUUUUUUUCCCCUUUCCCUGACUCUUGAUUUCCUCGGGCAAUUGAAUUUUUUCUGCAAGUAGAGAUCCUUGUAAAACUUGGAAUUUGGCUUACUAUUUUGAUCCUAUCAAGACUCAUCAGCUUUAAAAUUACAAUGGUUAUCCUUGUGCUUUCUUUUUAGUUUUUGACACAUUCUCAUUGGAUAUGUUAAUUAAGCUAUAUAAAAGGAGAUAAUUCCUUCCUAUUUUAUAAUUUCACGCUCCUGUCGUCAAGAUUUGAAGU